AUGGCAACACUAGAGCCAUCUAGAUCUAUAAGAUCGCGCCUUGAAGCAUGGGGAAAUUCUCCAUUCGCCCCUACAGGUCUCGCGACCUUAAUAACGGCCAUGCACUUUCGCCCACUACAAAUUCGACCAAUGCUUUUCGUACCUAUCCUAUUCUUUUCUAGUUAUGCAAAUCUCCAAGGCUUCAAAAUCGAUAGCGCAGGCAUCAAUGCUGCUGCUAGCGGCACGUACGCCCUACUCGCCAUGAGAAGGCGACCUGGCACAUUUAUAAAUCGCUUCUCUAUCAAGGGGUUGGUUAGGGGCUCUGCCGUUGGUAUAGGAAUCAUCAACACUAUUGCUGCGGGGUGGGUAUAUGGCACAGGCGAUCGAGAGAAGGAGAAAGCCGAGAGGACAGAUAACCCGCGUUGGGUCGAGUAG